UAAACCCCUACAAUCCAGCACUGUGAUCUCAUUCACGAUGAAGAACCUCAGCUGCCGAACCAUCUUCCGAUGUACCGCAUCUUCUUUUACUACUCCAUCUCCGUAUUUCCUCUCUUAUCACUGUCUGUUCUUCUAUUCGAGCAGCACUGAAGAAUUUCCAAAGAGGAGACCAGGAACCUCCCAACAUUCUUCUUCUUCUUCAAUUUCUUCAUGGCGACAUCACGACGAAGAGAGCCGGAACGUGAAGGUGUCGGUCUGGUGGGAUUUCGAGAAUUGUUCUGUACCUUCUGGGACCAACGUAUUCAAAGUGACCCAGAGAAUUAUGUCUGCCCUUAGAGCUAAUGGAAUGAAGGGACCUGUCACUAUCACUGCCUUCGGGGAUGUGAUGCAGAUCUCGAGAUCGAAUCAAGAGGCUCUCUCCUCCACUGGGGUCUGCCUUAACCACAUUCCUCACGGUGGGAAGAACAGUGCCGAUAGGUCUCUGCUGAUUGAUCUUGUGCAUUGGGUGUCUCAAAACCCUCCACCUGCACACCUCUUUUUAAUUUCAGGGGACCGGGACUUUGCAAAUGUGUUACACCGGUUAAGAAUGAAUAAUUAUAACAUAUUGCUUGCAAGUACCGACUCUGCACCAGGAGUUCUUUGUAGUGCUGCCAGUAUAAUGUGGCAAUGGAAUGCUCUUGUUAGAGGAGAGAGCCUAACUGGUAAGCAUUUUAACCAACCUCCAGAUGGUCCCUAUGGUUCUUGGUACGGUUACUAUAAGGGGCCACUAGAGGACCCCUUCUUAGAGAUGGAACAACCUGCUUGUUCACGUGCUGAGGAUUUGCCAGAAGCUGGAACAGAUUCCAAGCCGUGCCCAGUCCCUAGGGCUUUUCUGCGUCAAAUUCGUCAUAUUUUGAACUUGUACCCCAAAGGAAUUCCUAUUACAACUCUUCGUGCAGAGCUGGCAAAAAGUAAUGUCACUAUGGAUAAAGACUUAUUUGGAUACAAAAAGUUUUCUCACUUGCUUUUAUCUAUGCCGACUGUUUUGAAGCUUCUGCCUGGGGGCGAUGGCCAGAGACUAUGCAUUCUUGCAAACAGUGCUGAAGCAGUUGAGUCCAAUUCAAAAUUAUCUACAGGGCCAGAAACUAAUGAUGGAGAUGCAGACCAAGCUGCAACGGUAGAGCAAAAUGGUUGUGACAGUGCUAAAACUGCAAUUGUGAAUGAGAAAUCAUCAUCACCACCAGCACCUCCACUAAAAGCUGAAGAGCCUACUCCACUUGCCCAGAAAGAGAUUAAUGAGCCCAUGACUGUGGGCCAUCCUGCUAAUGUGGAGAAACAGGAUUCAACAUCUGGAGUAGGUUUUUUCCACAGAAUCCGGAGGACAUGGUUUGGUCAUAAAAAUGGGGGUUCUAAUGAGAAAGGAGAUAGCACUCCAGAGAAAUGUGGUACAUCUGAUGGUUCUAAGAAGACAAAAUCUGAGGAAAAAUCUUCUGGAUCAGUUACUGGUUCCAGUCCAUCAAUUUCAUCAUCAUCAUUAAAUGCAACUCAAACAGUUCAGGCUGAGAAUGUAACCAAGGAUUCUGUAGGAAGUGGUGAGAAAUCAGGCCCAAGCGAAGGACUGUUUAACAAAAUUGUGAACUGGUGCAGAUUUUGGAGAAUUAGCAGAAAUCCUGACAAUGAUGACAAUGGACAAUGUCACAAGGAGCUGAACAAAUAUAACGAAUUAUUCUCCAAAGACUUUUUCUGGACUGAGAUGGAUUUAUUUAUACGUACUCCUAAAGGUUCAAUCCUUGUUUCUCAAUCGAAGACCAGGGAACAGAUGGGACAAAAGCUGCAAAAGGAAGGGCCCAUAGUUCUUAAUAAUCUGAGUGAAAAUGAUCUCCUUCACUUGGUGGAUUUGUUAAUCUCUGAGAAGAAAUGGGUGAAAGAGUGCCCCUUACAAACUUCUCCAUUUAAACUCAUUCAUCAUGCUAGAACAGGGUCUUACAAUCUUCCUGGUUCAAAUGGGUUGAGUUCUAUCUUUUCUUCUAAGCUCUCUCAGUCUGAGUUAAAAUUGCAAGGCCUCCCAGAACAUGGGGUGGAAAAGAGGGACCGGAGUCAAUUUCAACCUGCAGCAUGUUCAACUGAAAGCAACAAGAGACCUUCUGGAACUGGGAAGGCCAGACAUGAGAUCCUAGCUGAUUGCAAGAAGCUUGUGACUGAGAUCUUGGAGGAAUACCCAGAGGGAUUCAAUAUGGGAUCCUUCAAAAGGUUGUUUGUGGAGAGGUAUGGUUACGUUCUUGAUUAUCACAUGCUUGGUUACUCAAAAUUGGCACCCUUAUUACAGACAAUGCCAGAGGUGAAGAUAGAAUCAACUUAUAUCCUACCUGCCAAUAAAACAUCAAGGUUUCUGGGCUCAGAUGCUGCCCUUCCCAAUAGUGUAGAGAGUGAUGGAACUGGAAAGUGGAGUAACUCAGAUGGUGAAUCAUCCAAUUCAACAAGGAAGGACAAUUAUCGUGACUCUGUGUGGGAGGAACUUGGACCAGUAUCUGAGACAAGUUCUUACAAAAAUGACUCAGGAUCAAGGCUCAAUGCGGAAGCAAAAAAAGAAAUAAAGGGACAAAUGGAUUUUGAUGAUGAUUGUUUAUCAGAUGACAACGAGCUUUCAGAUUCUGAAGGAGAGAAUGUGAAAUUAGAUCGAUCAGAAGGGCUAGGAAAAUCCAGGAGAUGUGAGGAAGAUAGUUCUCUAUUACAGAUUCUUGACUCAUGGUACGGCAGCAAGGAUGAUACUGGUAGCAAUAGUCAAUCAGAGAAGGUCGAGGAGGUUGUGGAUUGUUCCAGAAUUGGUUCGGAGUCUUCAAGUUCGUCUGGGGCUGAGAUGAAGAUCAAAGCCUCUGUGGCAAACAGUGGGCACAAAAUAAAGCCAAUGAAGAAAUAUUCUUUUGUUUCAGAUCCAGUAGGUGAUGACAAGGAAAAACUAAUUGAUAACAUACUGGGUAGCUUGAAAAAGUCGGCUGAGACGAAAAUGCAGAGUUGAGGGUUGAAUGUUCUGGAAGAAUAAAUAAAUAGUUACCAUUCCCUCGGUUCGACAAUUCAAAAUUAAAGGGGACUAGGAUACCCAUCAGUUUGAUGGUUUGAUCAGAUGAAGAAUGAUAAUUUGAAUCUCCAAUCAUCUUGUAAACUUGGAAACUCUACUGAGCCUCCUGUUUUGCCUUGCAACCUUUCUAGUUCUCCAUUUGAUUAAUUUUCCCCCAGAGGUGGGUCCACAGCAUAAAUCAUAGCAAGAAUUUUCAAAUUCAAAGUUUUGUUCUUUUCAAAUGUACUAUAGGGCCUGUUAUGGUCAUGUCAUAUUAAUUCAUCCCA